CACGCCUUUUUGCACUUUGAGGCUCUAACACAAAUAAUCAGGAAAUGAAUUCAACUCUUCGGCUCAAAGAACCUGCAACGUAAGCUGUUGUGUCUGUCGCUCUUGUUCAUAUGCAGUGAAAUGGCAGAAGCCAGUAUUUCAGUGGGACAGGACGAGUUCAGCUGUCCAGUGUGUCUGGAUCUACUGAAGAAUCCAGUGACCAUUCCUUGUGGACACAGUUACUGUAUGAGCUGUAUUACCGGCUGCUGGAAUCAGGAUGAUCAGAAGGGAGUUAAUAGCUGCCCUCAGUGCAGACAGACCUUCACUCCAAGACCAGCUUUAGGUAAAAACACCAUUUUGGCUGACAUGGUGGAAAAACUGAAGAAGACUAAACUCCAAGCUGCUGUUCCUGCUGGAUCUGGAGAUGUGGAGUGUGACGUCUGCACUGGAAGAAAACACAAAGCUGUCAAGUCCUGUCUGGUGUGUCUGGAAUCUUACUGUCAAACUCAUUUUGAACGUCAUGAAGAAUUUCGCCCAGGAAAGCCACACAAAAUGAUUGAUGCCACUGGACGACUCCAGCAGAUGAUCUGUCCUCAACACGGUAAACAACUGGAAAUCUACUGCCGCACUGACCAGUGCUGUAUUUGUUACCUGUGUACAGUUGAUGAGCACAAAAACCACGACACUGUAACAGCUACAGCAGAGAGGACAGAGAAGCAGAAACAUCUGGAACAAACACAAAGAAACUUCCAGAAGAGAAUCCAGCAGAGAGAGAAAGAUCUUCAGGAGCUGAAAGAGGUUGUGCAGACUCAUAAGCGCUCCACAAAGGCAGAAGUAAAGAACAGUGAGAGGAUCUUUGCUGAGUUGAUCCGCUCCAUUGAGAGAAGCCGAUCCAGGGUGACACAGCUGAUCAAAUCUCGGGAAAAGACUGUAGUGAGAUCAGCUGAAAAACUCAUGAAGCAAAUGAAGCAGGAGACUGAUGACCUGAAGAGACAAGAUGCUGAGAUUGAGCAGCUUUCACACACAGAGCAUCACAUCCUUUUCCUACAGAGUUCCCAGUAUUUCCCAUUUCCCCCCGAAUCAACAAAUAUUUUCAAGAUUGUCAUCAACACUCGCAUCCAUUAUGAUGAUAUUAGAAAAUCUGUCUCUCUGCUACAACAGAAAGUUGAGGAUUUCUGCAAAGAGGAGAUAGGAAAGAUAUCUGGUAGAGUGAGACACAUUGAAGUCAAUUUCUCAUCUGAGGAAGAAGAGGAUGAGGAGGAAGAUGAGGAUGAGGAGGAAGAUGAGGAGAAAGAUGAGGAUGAGGACGAGAAGGAAGAUGAGGAUGAGGAGGAAGUUGAGGAUGAGGACGAGAAAAAAGAGGAAGAUGAGGAUGAGGAGGAAGAUGAGGAUGAGGACGAGGAGGAAGUUGAGGAUGAGGACGAGAAGAAAGAAGAAGAUGAGGAUGAGGAGGAAGAUGAGGAUGAGGACGAGGAGGAGGUUGAGGAUAAGGACGAGAAGAAAGAGGAAGAUGAGGAUGAGGAGGGAGAUGAGGAUGAGGAGGGAGAUGAGGAUGAGGAGGACUUACAAUUGUCACAGUCAUUGUCCAGGUUCUUCAGAAAACCAGGCUCACAGCCCAGACCCUCCACAACAUUAGAGUCAUGGUCCAGGAGCUUUAGAGUGCCAGGCUCACAGCCCAGACCCUCCACAACAUUAGAGUCACUGUCCAGAAGCUUCAGAGAUCCAGGGUCACAGCCCAGAUCCUCCACAACAUUAGAGUCACGGUCCAGGAACUUCAGAGAUCCAGGGUCACAGCCCAGACCCUCAACAACAUUAGAGUCACUGUCCAGAAGCUUCAGAGAUCCAGGGUCACAGCCCAGAUCCUCCACAACAUUAGAGUCACGGUCCAGGAACUUGAGAGAUCCAAGGUCACAGCCCAGAUCCUCCAGAACAUUAGAGUCACGGUCCAGGAACUUCAGAGAUCCAGGGUCACAGCCCAGACCCUCCACAACAUUAGAGUCACUGUCCAGAAGCUUCAGAGAUCCAGGGUCACAGCCCAGAUCCUCCACAACAUUAGAGUCACGGUCCAGGAACUUCAGAGAUCCAGGGUCACAGCCCAGAUCCUCCACAACAUUAGAGUCACGGUCCAGGAACUUCAGAGAUCCAGGGUCACAGACCCUCCACAACAUUAGAGUCAUGGUCCAGAAGCUUCAGAAAUCCAGGGUCGAGGGGCGCUCGCGGACCCUGGAGAAGAUGGCCACCUAAUUUGUAGCUCCGCUCCCAAUUGUUUAAUAAAUUGCUGCCCUCUUCGAUUUAAGUUUAAGAAUCUCCUAAUUAAAAAGCUCAGUACACGACUAACAUGUCUGAGACUCAAGAUCCAAAGGACUUAUGAACUUCACGGUCACAGAAAAAGAAGAAACAAACUGCUUCAGCAGAAACAUCCUCAUCUUCAACGGAACAAACUGACCCAACUUUGAAUGAAAUACAAGCGCUUAGCACCCGGCUGGGGAACAUUGAUGGUCAUUUUGACACUAUCGAAAAUUGUCUUGAUGCUAUAUCAACCUCGGUUUCUGCAAUUCACAAGACUUUAUCCAACUUAUCACAAAGUGUGUCUUCAAGUGAAACCUGCUUAAUGGAAGCUGAAAACAGAAUUUCCACCACAGAAGACGCUCUGCGGGCCCGCAAGGGUGAACUUUCUGCUUUGACGAAAACGGUGAAUCAACUUCAAGCUAAAGUGGAUGACGUUGUGAAGAAGAUCUUAGUCGAUUGCAAAAUGUGGAUUCGCGUACCCGGCCAAGCUGUGUUGUUUUCAUGAUUUGGAGCUUUGCACUUUCAGUACUCCAGCCGCAGUGGAGGAGUUCACAGAGACUUUCCAAAAUAAGUGAUAAAGGGAUUCUUAUAAUACUCUCUCAUCUUUGUCAUAUUCAGAGGAGUAGUAAUUUUCCCGGGUUCUCAUAUGCCAUUUAUUUGUUUCUAAUCUGUUUGGAAUGGCAGAUGUGACUGUUAGUCCAUUUAACGGACUUUACGGACAUAAUACAUAAUACAACUCCCACUCAAACUAACUGAUCUGCUUUAUGCCACGCUAGGGCUGAACUUAAUCUUGAUCAAACCAAUCAUGUUAAAAAGCUACUGUUUCUUUCCAAACAAAAUUAUUACGAGCAUGCAAACAAAUCUGGUAGACUGUUAGCAUAUCAGAUUUUAAAAAAAAAACAAUCUGAGAAAACAAUUAAGUCUCUAAAGAUGCCGGAUGGUAUCACAACAUACGAUCCUGCACUGAUAAGCAAUACAUUUCGAUCCUACUAUGAAUCACUAUACUGUUCACAAAACAGUGCUUCACAAUUAGAAUUUCAAUACUCACAUCAAAUUCAAAAUACAUUUUUAUGGACGUACUGGAUAUUAUUCGGCGCCAUGAUGAACAUUGCAAUUCCGGUGUUGUGCAUAAGCUGCCGUCGCAUUCUUCGUGCUGUCUGUAUAAAGAUACAGAGCAGAGACUGUGCAGCAAGUUGUAUUGACAGACUUUAGCGAUUUAAAGAAGAGAAAACUUCAGAAUAAUGUCACAGAACUCAUUCAUGAAGUUGUGUGACCAACACACGGCAUUUGAUCGAAUUAUUGAGUUUACACAAGGUAAAGUUUAAUUGCAAUAUUGCCAAAAUCCCAUUAUAAUCGCAUCAUGAGGGUGGAUGUAAAAACAUUGAUUGAUCCGAGCUUAUGCACCUCUGUUUUUGAAUGAAAAAAGCAUUUGUGGAUAAAUUUGUUAAUACCCAAUAAAAAAUGGAAAAAAAUG